AUGGAGUCAAUCCGCAACAUUGUGUCCGCAAACCUGACGUUGCUUCACAAUGGUUUGAAGCAGCUGCACGGCUACACGCCAGGAGCCUCGGAAACCCUGCAACUCACGCUACGCCCUUUCCGCGAGACUGACCUCGAUGACUUCUUUGGAUGGGCGGGAGACGAUGCAGCCACCCGCUUUAUGACUUGGGAAACAUUUCCCAACAUAGAAAACGCGAGGGCCAUCUGCAUUAAUGAUAAGGCCGUGGGUCAUGUUCUGCUCAGACAGGGUACUGGAUUUCAUAGCUGUCGUGCCGAGUUGGGCUAUGCUGUUAGCAGAAACUACUGGGGCAUAGGCAUUGCUACUGAAGCUGUCAUGCGGGCUAUACUGGCCGGGUUCUCUGAUCUUCCAGGACUGAGACGCAUUGAAGCCAUGGUGCUCCCUGAGAAUCUGCCUUCGCAGAAGGUGGUCGAAAAGGCUGGGUUUACUAGAGAGUGCCUGCUUCGACGCUAUAUCAAGAUUCGUGAGAACGUCCGAGACUGUAUUCUUUACAGUUAUGUUUUACCUGCUGCUUCCUCUUCUUAA